AUGUCAUUCACACCUCCUAAAUCAGCAAACAAAACUCAACAUAUGAUAAGUUUACCAUUUGCAAAUAAAUUCUAGAAAACAUUUAGUGAUAUUGAAAUGCUAUGCGUAAAAAGAAAGUUAGAUUUUGGCGAAAUGGAUUUACAAUAGAAAAAGUCUAUUAGUACUUUUAGAAUAAACAAAAUCCACAAACCUACUAUUGGCAAACUUAGAUGA